CCCGCCUCACCCCCCACGCACACUCGCACUCGGUCUUGCCCCCCCCCUCGCCCCCGGCGUGUGGUAGAUCAUGCCGCCCGUGGCAGCCCCGACAGCCGAGAAACGGUAGCCGGGCACCGUGGACUCUAAGUGCCAUUGGUUCUCCCCGUCCCGCCUGACCCCAGAGGAAGAAACGCGUCUCCUGCCGAGAGGGGGCGGGGAGGUGGGUGGUGAAUUCGGAUCCUCCUGGGAGCGGGGGAGUGACGUUCCCGCCCCGGGCAGCGGCGAGGCGGCUGACGCAGUUGAUUAUGGAAGAUUCCCACAAGAAUAACACUUCAGAGACAGUACCUCAACCUGGUUCAACAGUUCAGGGAGCUCAUAUUUCUCAUAUUGCUCAACAGAUGUCAUUAAGAGGAUCUACACCAGUGACAAUUGUACCACUUCCGGGAGAGCAAGUACAGGUUCAGGGGGUCAUCCAGAAAGCUCAGUCUUCUGUAAUUCACCUACCACUCGUGCAAACGGUGUGUUUAUCAGAAAGUGAGGAGUCUCAGGACUCAUCCGACAGCAUAGGCUCCUCGCAGAAAGCUCACGGGAUCCUAGCCCGGCGCCCAUCUUACAGAAAAAUUUUGAAAGACCUCUCUUCAGAAGAUACACGCAGUAGAAAAGGAGAAAAUCCUGGAGUUUCUGCUGUCACAUCUAUGUCUGUUCCAACUUCCAUUUAUCAAACUAGCAGCGGACAAUACAUUGCCAUUGCCCCAAACGGAGCCUUACAGCUGGCCAGUCCAGGCACCGAUGGCGUACAGGGCCUACAGACACUAACUAUGACGAAUUCAGGCAGCGCUCAGCAAGGUACUAUUCUCCAGUACGCACAGACCUCUGAUGGACAGCAAAUCCUUGUGCCCAGCAACCAGGUGGUUGUACAAACUGCAUCCGGAGAUAUGCAGACAUAUCAGAUCCGAACCACACCUUCAGCUACUUCACUGCCACAAACCGUGGUGAUGACAUCUCCAGUGACGCUUACAUCUCAGACAUCUAAGACGGAUGACCCUCAAUUGAAGAGAGAAAUAAGAUUGAUGAAAAAUAGAGAAGCUGCUCGAGAAUGUCGAAGGAAGAAGAAAGAAUAUGUGAAAUGCCUGGAAAACCGAGUUGCAGUCCUGGAAAAUCAAAAUAAAACUCUAAUAGAAGAGUUAAAAACUUUGAAGGAUCUUUAUUCUCAUAAAAGUGUUUGAUUAUUAAGAAAAGUAUUUUUGUGGACUUGUCUAAGCAUUAGAUGGAUUUUUCUUUUUAGUGGAGUUUUAUAAAUUAAAAGGUCAAAAGUGAAGCUAAUUUUUACUUAGGCUUUUGCAAUGCAAAGGUAAAUAACUGUCUAGUGCAGGGAUGUGGUGUCAGGAAAGAAUGGGAGAGGACCUCGAGGAAGCUGCAGGCCGUGGGAGCCUACAGGUGUCAUGCACGUUCAGGAAGCACUGGGCGAGCUUCCCGCAGCUUACUUUUUCUAAGGAGUCGUGUCCAUCCAAAAAUAGCAGGAAAUUUGGUAGAUUUAAUCAAUAUACCUUGUAAGUUUGCGUUUCUUACUAUCUCCUGAAAUUUAACCUUUUACACUUGUAUGGGGAAAUGUGUGUUAUUUCUACCAGCAAAUUCUAAAUUACAAAUGUAAAAGGAACCCUAAUACUAAGUGUGUAAAUUAUGUGUUCUAAUUAUGUGUACAUGUUCUGUUGUUGGUUUGUUGGCCAAGGGGGCUUUUGAGACUGGAUGCACCAACUUUUGAGGUCUUGUCCUAGAAAGCUUCUAAGGUACAAUGAAUGGAGUGUGGCGAUUUUGUAACUUUUUUUUUUAUCAGAAUGAAAAGAGAACUGUUUAAAAGUUUGAUAUUUUUAAAUAGUUUUUUUUUUUUUUUGCUUACUCUGGUAAGGGUGAUUUUUUUUUUACAGAUAUAUAAUAAGUUCUUAGAUUCUGUAUCCUGUAUACCUACUGUUGAAUAUCCAUAACUUACUCUGUUGUGCUUUAAAAGAAUGAAAUGUUUACAAAAGCCCUGAAAAUACUAUUUUUUACAAAAACUUUCUGAAGAUGCAUACCAAAGUUUUUCCAAGAAGAUUUUAUAAUCAACUUAAUAUAAGGUUUAUCAGGUUCUAAAAUAGUACAGUUAUUGAGGCCAUUUUAUGUUAGACACUAUUUUGUAGCAUAGUGAGUGGUUCCUUUGUAAGAGAAGUGACUGCCAAUAUAUUUUUAUAGCUAAUCUUUAUAAAUUCUAAUGUUGAGUUUUUUAAUGAUUAUUUUAAAUGUUUAUAUAGUUUCGUAAAAAAAUGCAUCUCAAAGUAUCUUUUGUAUUAUGCAAAGUAAAGUUUUCAGAUUGGCCAAUAUUUGAGUUGUAAGUUAUAUAUGCAAUUUGUUGAAAACUUCAAAACUGUGGUCAGUACACCAGUGUUUAACCUCUGUAUUCUACUUCGUGUACACUUUGAAACUGUACUGCAAAACUGCUCUUUAUACAGUAAUGUUCCUUGUCUAUGAAAUUAAAGGACAUUUUAUAAAAUUAAA